AACUACAUUUUCUUCAAAUUAAUGUCUUGCAAGAUGUCGCCUACCGUUAAAGUGCCAAUCAAAGAAAAUGGAAAAAAAAGAUUUUACAAACCCAGCAUUGUGGAGUCGCAGAAUUCAUUUAUUUUACACGUUACGAACCAGAGUGAAAUCAAAAAUAAACUGGAGCAAUACCAGAAAAUGCAUCUAUCCAGAGGAACCACCUUCCAACCGCUGGUGAUUGCCGUCGGACCAACGAGCAAGGACUUAAAGGAUUUUUACGUAGCGGUUGAGUCAGUUCUCUACAAGGUAGAUCAACUGCUAAAAGCUGUCGACGUGUGUUUCAAAGUAAUUCACGUAACCAACGUUCAAUACCCGCUAGAAUGUUUAAGUGUAUGGUCAUUUAUCCAAAAAUAUUUUUAUAACUUGCACAACAAAAAGGACAAGAAAAUUUCCUCUGUCUAUUGCUUUAUAUCAGAUCUGACUGACUAAUUAAUUGAGCAUCUUUCAAGGACUUAAGAAUUUUUGUGUUUUGACUAUAGGGAUAAUAGUUAGUAACAAUGUUUAUUUGCUUCAUGUGUUCGAUCGAAACAGCAAACCAUCAAGAUCUUAUUCAUCAUUACAAAACUAGUCACAAUCUCGGUCAUAACUCGAUUUAUCGAUGUGCACAAUCGAAUUGUUUCAGAGCAUUUCAAAGUUUGCGUUCCUUUCGUCGUCAUAUAGUUAGUCAUAAUGUCUCGGACCGGAAUAUAUAUUCAGAAUUAGCCCCGUCGCUUAAUUUUAACACUGAUAACAUGAUCGAAAAUUACAAUAAUUUAGACAUAACAGAUAAUACUCAGGAUACAUGUAAUGUUAAUGCAUGCUGUAGUAAUCUGCAACCCACAUCUGAAAGUUUCAGUAAGAAAAAUGAAAAUGUACGGAAGUCUACUGCAGCAUUUGCAUUAUCGUUGUAUAGCAAUCCUUAUUUAAAUCGUAAAUGCGCUAUGAAAAUAAUUGACGAUGUUUCAGAACUAGUAACUGGUGUUAUUGGAACUAUGUUGUCUGAACUCUCACCUAAUGACGAUACACCGAAUAAAAACAUAGUUGAAGCAAUUUCCCAUUCUUUCGACGGUUUGGAUACUGAAAGUCAAGUAAUUAAAUAUUUUUCUGACCGUAAUAUUUACACACCCCCAAAAAAAUUUACAAUUAAUGAAAAUGUUACUGUAAAUACAGGAAAUUCUACGGUAAUGCUAAGACCUAUGUCGGAAACUGGAGCGAUAGUACCUUUAAGAGCAGUUUUAAAACAAAUAUUUGAACUACCCAACUUUCUAAAAUGCAGCACUAGUAUUCCUGAUGUUCAAUCUAUAUCAAAUUUUACACAAGGUAAUAUGUGGAAGCAAAAAUUGGUCGGAAAAAUGGAUGAAAAUAGCUUAUACAUUCCAUAUUUUCUGUAUUUUGAUGAUUUCGAAUGUAAUAACCCCCUGGGUAGUCAUGCUGGAGUCCAUUCUAUCGCUGCUACCUAUUACACAUUUCCAACGUUGUCAGCGGAUCAUGCUUCACUAUUAGAAAAUAUAUUUGUUGCAAUGUUGCAUAAAUCAUCUAGCAAAAGUCAUGGAAAUGCUUCAAUUUAUUACGAACUUAUAAAGGAGUUAAAGAGUUUAGAACAAAAUGGCAUAGAUUUAGAAAUCAGUGAAGGUGUUUUUAAAGUAUAUUUUAUACUAGGGAUGAUCAUUGGUGACAAUUUGGGACUAAACACCGUUCUUGGAUUUGCUAAAUCAUUUUCUAGUAACUAUUAUUGUAGAAUAUGUAAGGCUCAUAAAAAUAUAAUGGGAAAACAGUGCAAGCAAGAUGACGGUUUAAUGCGCAAUCGACACAAUUAUAACACUGAUGUCGAAAUUAACAAUGUAACAAUGACAGGAAUAAGUGAACGAUGUGUAUUUAAUGAUAUUAGCACUUUUCAUGUUGUUGAUAAUUUUUGUGUUGACAUUAUGCAUGAUAUAUUUGAAGGUGUUUGCCAUUAUGAUCUGACUCAUAUUAUUGUGUAUUUUACAGAAAGCAUCACAUUGUUCACUUUAAAUAACUUGAAUAAUAGGUUACAAUUAUUUGACUACGGAUCUGGUGAGCUAAAUGAUAGAUGUGGAAUAAUAAAACAUGAACAUUUAAUGAAAAGCAAAUUUAACAUGUCUGCAUCUGAAAUGAUGUUAUUUGUACACAUAUUUCCUUUAUUGGUGGGAGACUUAAUACCUGAAGAUGACGAAGUAUGGCAGUUUUUUAUUACACUGCUAGAAAUUAUUGAUAUUUUACUUUGUAGGGAUAUCGAUAAUAGCACACUGUUGUAUUUAGAAGCCUUAAUAAGCGAACAUCACGAAAGUUAUGUCAAACUGUUUCACGACACCUUAAAACCGAAGCACCAUUUUAUGGUGCAUUAUCCGCAUGUUAUAAAGCAAGUAGGACCUUUGAGACUAAUAUGGUGUAUGCGAUUCGAAGCCAAACACAAACAAUUGAAAAGAACGGCAUCUCUUAUAACGUCUAGGAAAAACUUGCCAUUGACUUUAUUAAUAAAAGAACAAUUGACUCUUGCUCACAGACUUUACACUGGAAAAGGAUGUGAAACAAGAAUAGAGUUGGGUACUAGGAUAUCUGAACCACUGAAUAAUAUUCAUGAUUAUCUUAAAGAUGUUAUUAUUUCUGACGAUGUAAAUUUAUCAAAUGCUCUUAAUUGGGUUUAUUAUAACGGUAUAAAAUACGUACCAGGAAUAAUUCUAAUAAUUUCUAAUCGGACAUGCUACAAUUUUUUUAAGAUAAAAUUUAUUUGUGUUUCGUCAUCAAGUAAUAACAUCUAUUUUCUAACAGAACAAAUUGAUUGUAUAGGAUUCAAUUAUCACUUGCAAGCACACCAGCUGCAUCAAAGAGAAACUGGUUUAUAUAGACUAAUUAUGCCACAAGAUCUUAUUUACGCACCAACUUUUUGUCAUAUUAUCUCUAAUGGAGACUCUUACUGCAGAAUCAAAUAUAUUUAGAUACAUGAUGUCACAGUCUGAACAUUGUUUAAUAUUUGGAGAUUUUUAAGCUUAGAAUAAAUUUAAAAGUGGGAAAAUUACUGUCUUGGGUGAGGCUUGAACUCACGGCCUCGGGAUCGAUACUCCAGCGCUUUGUCAUCUGAGCCACCAAGACCUCAUCCAUAGCCAGCAAAUCUUUCCACCAUAUUACGGGUCAAGGGGACCCU